ACGAGAUGCUUUAAAAUCGUAUAAAAAUGUUACCAGGCAUCGGAGUGUUUGGAACUGGAAGCGUAGUAAAAGUAUUCAUUCCUUUCUUGAGAGAAAAGGGCUUUAAGAUAGAAGCCAUUUGGGGACGUACCAUUGCAGAGGCUUCGGAAAUAGCUGCUGAUCUUGAAAUUCCAUUUCAUACGAGUCGCAUAGACGACGUACUCUUGAGAAGAGAUGUCGACCUCAUAUUUAUCAUGUGCUCGCCAAGUUUACAUGCACAGAUUGCCGUUAAAGCUUUGGGGAUUGGAAAGCACGUUGUGUGCGACAAGCCAGCUGGACUGAGUCAAAGCGAAGCUUUAAAGAUGGUCAAAGCUGCCCAGUAUUAUCCUUCCCUUAUAAGUAUCGUUAACCAUAGUUUGCGAUUUCUUCCAGCUUUCAUCAAAAUGAAGCGAGAAAUUGAAGAAGGCUACCUAGGGGGACCCAUCAACGUCAUCGAGGUUCGAGUACAAAUGGGCAGUUUGGUACAAGAGGGCUACGACUGGCUGUGCGACGAAACAAUGGGAGGAGGAAUCCUAGCCCUCGUUGGCAGUCACGUUAUAGAUUUGAUAUCCUAUAUAACGAAUCAGAAGGCCAUAAGAGUUCACGCGGUUGUAAGAACGUUCACCCAAACUACAAAACACGUCAAUGGCAUCAGACACAUAACGUCUCCUGACUUCUGCUGCUUUCAAAUGGAACUCAAUGGGGGAACACUGGUCACGAUAACAUUGAGUAAUCACUUGCAAGGUCAAUUGUCACAGGAAGUCUUGAUCUGUGGCUCGAAUGGACAUCUUGUCGUACGAAGUGGUGACUUGCACGGCUGCAGAGGACAGCAGGAAGAAACCCUAUACCUGGACGUAGAAAAUGUCCAGGAAUUAUCGCCAACGGCAAACUUCAUUCCUAGGCCCUACAUCAAAGGACUUCAUAAAAUGAUAGUUGCGCUGCGCGAAGCUUUCCAACCCGUCGAAGAUAAAAGAGGAUGGAUAAAGGAGCCGGUAUCGCGAGCAGCCACAUUCGAGGAUGGCCUGUACGUUCAGGCUGUCAUCGAUGCAUUGAAGAGAAGUAAUAAGCGACGAGAAUGGGUCAAGGUCACCAUUAUGACGGAGGAACCAGAUCCGAAUCCUUUGUUAAGUGCAGCCGUUAGAGCAACGGCCAUUUCGAUUUAAGCGAGCGGUCCCGUUGCGACUUUUAUUGCAAUUCUUUAGUGUUGGCAUUAAAUUUUCGGGCAAUGGUAUC